AUGUCGCAGUUACCGCCACACCACACACAGGGGCAGGAUCAUACCAUCCCUCCUCAAGCGACGCAGACCUAUGUGCCGCCGCCAGCUCCGGCUGCGCCGGCGCCAAAACCGGCAGCCAAGACUGUGAAGGCUUUGCCCACUGUCAGAGACCACACGACUGACCAACUGAACGAGGCGCAUGAUGAGUAUAUUCCUCGCGAGAUCGACGAAUUUGGCGAGAAGAAGGUGAUGGCAAACGGGACCCUUCUGGGGAACAGGCAGUACCGCUGCCGCACCUUCCUCGUCCCUAACCGCGGGGAUAAGCUUUUCAUGCUGGCUACCGAGUGUGCGCGAGUUCUGGGGUAUCGUGAUUCGUACCUGCUGUUCAACAAGAACCGGUCUCUUUUCAAGAUCAUUGCCACCCAGCAAGAGAAAGAUGAUCUGGUACAGCAGGAGAUCUUGCCCUUUUCUUACCGCUCGAGGCAGAUCGCUAUCGUUACAGCGCGUUCCAUGUUUCGGCAGUUCGGCAGCAGAGUGAUCGAGGGUGGACGACGGGUGCGGGAUGAUUAUUGGGAACAGAAAGCGCGCAAACAAGGAUUUACAGAAUUGGAUGCAGCCGGCGAGAAACGGCCAGGAGCAGCCAAGGCGAGGGAGCAAGCUGAGGCGCAGAAUAAUGCCAUGCUUUCCGGUGCCCACACGGAGAUUGUCUACAACAACAACCCGGCUGCGUUUCCUGCAGGCCCUCCCCAGCCUCCCAUUCUUCAACCAGAACUCAUGGACACGCGGCCUCGUGACUAUAGCGGCAUCGUCAAGGGCGGACCUCGCCAGGAGAUUACCGGUCCUCCGUAUCAAGAUCAGACUCGGCCUACCUCUCUCAGCGAGAUCGGCUCACAGGCCACGCACGCCAACGACUUCAGCCGCUCCAUCAACCAGGCUCGCGACAUGCGCACCGACUACCUUCAAGGAAGCUGGCGACGACCUCACGAGCAGCCGUCUUCCGGUCUUGCGCAGGGUGUCGCGUCCGAUACGACCGUCCCGACAUCACGACCCACGACGUCCCCUCACGCCACAGCUAGCAGCAUCACACAGCCCCCAAUCGCAUCGCAGAGCCCCCAGAUGAUGAUGACGAACCCGCCGUAUACGCAGUCGCUACAUGCACACAACCAGCCGCCCAUGCGAUCUGGAUCCACAGGCAGUGUCGGCCAAGGUGCUCCUAACUACAGCUACCAGCCUGGCCAGGCCAUGUGGUCGAACCCUCAGCAGCAAGGCUACGGCAGCUACACAACGCAGCCCCAGCAUGCGUCGCAGUCGCCGGCACCACACCUCCGCCAGCCAAGCGGUCAAAUGCAGCAGGGCAUGCAAUUCCCUGGCAUGGGCGGCAUGCAAUACGGGGCAGGUAACAUCUACCCUGCUGACCAAACCCCAAGAGGCUACAUGCCUCAGGGGUCACCGACCCAGCCACAGCAAUGGUCCGGGCAGCAGCACUCGCAGCAGCAGCAAUGGUGGCAGCAGAAUCAGCAACACCAUCCCCAGUAA